UUUGAUGUCAACAUUAUUUAGCAAAAUUAAUAAAUAUUUGAUAAAUAAUGGAGGACUUAUUGCAAUCCCAAAUACGAGAGAGCUGCCGGCUCGCCCUGCCUGAGGGACUGAAGGACUUGAUGGCUGAUAUUUCCCGAGAAGUACUACGCGCUCAACCUGAAAACCUCUACCAUUUCAUUGCCGACUACCUUUCCUCACUGCUAGUUGCGCGUGAGCACCUGUUCAUUGCGGCGCGCGUAUGCGACGACGUCUGCACGAACACUUGCUGCGCCGACUUGGAGGGCGAACUUCGCGCAUUGUCGCUGAGUGAAGAUGACGUUCAGAAAAGUUUGGAUAUUAUCUCUGGGUAUUUUUCAAGCGGUGAAGUAAAAGAGGGCAAUUUGCUACAAAAGUUAGUGCGAGAAACCGGCAUCGAUUCAAAGGCUCUUCCCGCCGUUCAGAAUGCGGUGCGGCGUGCUUUUCUGCGCCACCAACUCAACAAAUCCACUCAAGUCGAGUCAUCGUCGACAGACAGCGAGAUGCAUGAGACAUCACUAGCGGCAAAACACACGCUUAAAAUAUACAAGAAAGUCACUGAGAGUCCAGACAUUAACUACGAUUACGUUGCUUCCAAAAUACAGGCAGCAUAUCGCGCGUACAACGUUCGACGUUUACGCAAGGCUGGCAACAAGCCGCACUCCAAAAAGGAGCACACGAAGGAAGAGACAGGCGAGAAAGUUCGAUUUCAAGUUAAGUCGGAGCAGCUUGUGGCAGAUUUGGUUCACCCAAAGAGAUGUGCAAGCAAAUGUUCAUCUAUGUCCCUGGCUGGUUCGUUCCUGUCACUCCCCCUGUACAAGCCGUACUCGAUCGGGCAGCCCUCCAACAUCACAGAGGUCGGCGAGGUCUGCGAGAAAGAAACGGAAAACGCCAAUUUCGACUACGUCACGAACGAACUCGUCAAUCCGAAUAAGAUCCAGUCGUGUGAACCUGGAAACAACAAAGGCAAAGAGGAACUCGAAAGCAACAAAUACAAAAAAAAACUUGAAAAUAACAAAGGAAAAAAGACAAUCAGUUUCCACGAUUUGCCUCUCGUAGUGAAUCUUUAUGAUAAUGAAGUAUCAGAUGAAGCGGACGAAGCAGAUUAUGAAUCUGAAGAUGCUGAUGAUGUGCUUAACGAACAACUUGCUGAUGAAGAUUAUGUUGAAGAGUUACCGAAUGAUAACGACAAUGGCUCAACACUUGAGGACACAGCUGUUAGUGAAUUAAAGGGAGAUGAAACGGAGUCAAGCGAGAGCUGGAUGGAAGACGACAUAGAUGAAGUUCAGCUGGAUGACAUGGAAAAAAAUCCAGAAAGUUGGAAUGAUGAUGCACCGACAACAGGAGCUAAUAUUAGAAGAGUUAAUGAUGAUUCAGACGAUCCCGCAAAAAGUUCUGAGAUGCCAAAAGACAUGACAGGAGUUACUGAUACCCUUCCAGACGAUAUUGCGGUACCUGAGGAAUUAGCUGUAGAAGAAAAUGAAAACUUCCUAGUCUAG